UAAAACUCGAGUUAAGAAAGAAUUUAAACUUGAAUUUGUUGUCUGAGCUUAAUAACUGAACUAGAAUGCUAUUCUAUUCAUUCUUCAAAUCCCUCGUGGGAAAAGAUGUAGUAGUUGAGUUAAAGAAUGACUUGAGCAUCUGUGGAACUUUACAUUCUGUUGACCAAUAUCUGAACAUCAAAUUAACUGAAAUCAGUGUCACUGACCCAGAGAAAUAUCCCCAUAUGCUUUCGGUGAAGAAUUGCUUCAUCCGGGGAUCUGUUGUGCGAUACGUGCAGCUGCCGGCAGACGAAGUGGACACGCAGCUGCUACAGGAUGCGGCUAGGAAAGAAGCUGCCCAGAGCAAGCAGUGAUCCUUCGCUCACCCCCCAUUCGCCAUUAUGUAAAUAAGUCAUUUUUGUAUACCUUUUAAAGGGAAGAGACUAUUUU